CGUCUGCCUGAGGAGACUGUCACAAACACCUCCAGCAGAGAAAAGAUGACUUCCCAAGUUCUCCCGUCCAUCCUGCUGGUCAUUUCUACUGUCCAUGCUUUCCAGUAUACAGAGCUGGCGCAGUACAUUGACAGCCAUCAAGAAGAAUAUGUGGAGACUCUGCGGGACUGGGUUGCAAUCGAAAGUGACUCCAGCAAUGUCUUGAAGAGACCAGACCUUCACCGCAUGAUGGAGAUGACUGCUCAGAAGCUGAGGCAGAUGGGAGGGACUGUAGAGCUGGUGGACAUCGGAGAACAAGAACUUCCUGGUGGGCAGACUAUAGCGUUGCCUAAAGUGGUGACAGGGAAGUUUGGCUCCGACCCAAACAAACACACAGUGUGUGUCUACGGUCAUGUGGACGUCCAGCCAGCGAAGCUAGAGGACGGCUGGGCGACGGAUCCCUACAACCUGACUGACAUCAAUGGUAACCUUUAUGGAAGAGGAGCAUCAGACAACAAGGCCCCAGUUUUAGCCUGGAUCCAUGCUGUGGAGGCUUACCAGGCCCUCAAUAUGGAGCUGCCUGUGAACGUGAAGUUUGUCAUUGAGGGCAUGGAGGAGACGGGCUCUAACGGCCUGGACGCCAUGAUCCUGGCCCAACGGGACACCUUCUUCUCCGACGUGGAUUACAUAAUCAUCUCAGACUGUGGCUGGCUCAGCCGACGGCCCGCCCUCACCUACGGCACCAGAGGCAACUGCUACUUCUAUGCUGAGGUUGAAGGACCUAAACAGGACUUACAUUCUGGUGUUUAUGGAGGCACUGUGAUCGAACCAAUGACUGACCUUAUUGGCAUCCUUGACACACUUAUCAGCCCCAGUGGUAAGAUCCUGAUUCCUGGGAUUAGGGAGGCUGUGGCUCCUCUCUCUGAUGAGGAAUGGAAAAUGUACCAGGACAUCCAAUUUGACAUCGACAACUACAAGACCAAAAUCGGUGUCAACCAGCUCAUGUACAGCAACAAAGUUGACUUGUUAGCCCACAUGUGGCGCUACCCCACUGUCUCCGUCCAUGGCAUUGAGGGGGCCUUCUCUGACCCCGGCACAAAGACAGUCAUCCCUGCUAAGGUUACAGCUAAGUUCUCCAUUAGACAAGUUCCAAACAUGGACCCUGCUAUGGUCAAGAAACAGGUAACAGACUACCUUCACUCUGUGUUUGCCAAGAGGAAGAGUCCUAACAAGCUGAAAGUCACCAUGGUGAUCGGGGCCAAGCCUUGGCUGGCUGACACUCAACAUCCUCUGUAUGAGGCUGGGAAGGCUGCUGUCAAGAGAGUUUUUGACAUGGAUCCUGAUCUGAUCCGUGAGGGCGGGACCAUCCCUAUUGCGAGAACCUUCCAGGAUGUGACAGGGAAAAGCAUCAUCAUGAUGCCCAUCGGAGGCUUUGAUGAUGGGCUGCACUCCCAGAACGAGAAAAUGAGCAGGUACAACUAUAUUGAGGGAACCAAGCUAUUCAUCGCCUACUUGAAUGAAGUAUCCCAGAUUAACAAAACCAGUGUGUGACAUUUCAUGGCAUGAUUAAACGACCUCCUAAACCAUUCCAGCUACGAUGAGCUCUCCUUGACAAAAGCCUUUUAUAAGGGUUUAUAAGGUUUUAUAUUGUCACUGUUUCUUUCAUCCAUUGUUCUGUGUCUUGCCAAGCUUUUAUUUAUCUGCAUCUCAAGCUCCUCCUCCGUCUCUCUUUUCUGCUAUGCCUCUUGCCAUUUAGUCUGUAAAAUGUAUUAAAUAAAGCCUCUAUUCUAACUUGUGAAUGUAGACAAAAAAAUCUAUCUAUCUAUCUAUCUGACAUUGUAAGUGAUUGUGCGCAUGCUACCACUUUUGAUUGGUCAAAAUGUGUAAAGUCAUCUUGUGUUCUCUUCACUCACUUUGCAUAUGUAACAUGUUUUUAUGCUCCAUAUAAUGUGAGAGAGUACUGAAAGUGUGUGCGUGUCAUGUAGUAAAAGCUGUACAAUGCAA